AUGCCUGUGCUGCAGAGGACCGGCCCUCUCGUGUCGUCCAUGGGCGGCUCUCUGGCCAGGCUCCUUCGCUCCCAGAGAAGGACCAGUUCAGCUGCUUCGACAGCCCAGCCGGUGAUCGCUGCCAAGCAUCCCUUCCAGGUGAACCUACAAGCAGGGAAGUCUUACGCCUGGUGUGCCUGCGGCCACAGCAAGAAACAGCCUUUCUGCGAUGGCUCCCAUAAAAAAGCCGCCCCGAAGAUCUCCUCCCUGAAAUUCAAACCAGGAGAAACGAAAGAAGCCUGGCUGUGCGGCUGCAAGUGCACGAAGAACCCUCCGUACUGCGACGGCACACAUAAAGAAGACUUCGUGCAGAAGGCCGACCUCGGAUCCCAUCCGCAGUUGUGAAGC